AUAAAUGGAAAUGAAAUGAAAUGAAAAUCUACUAGUCACUUCAGCUCUAUAGAAAAGUGUGUUUGCUCUAAGGUAAGUGAUCAAAUGAACUCACAGGAGUGUGUGAAGCAGACUUUUUCAGUAUAGUCCAUGUUAUAGUUUAUAGCUCAAACACAUGGAUCCUUAAAGCUUAAUCAAGCUGUUGACUUUUUAAUUAUUUGUUCAGCAUACCCUGAUAGCCCUAACCCUAACUUUUUUCCUAUAUUAUUACCAACUGUACCCACUUUGUGGUUUACCCAUGCACCUCAGCACCACCCACAGUAUGAACCAAUGCAAGCCUAACACCUCCCAGCGGAUUUCUCCCUCCCACUCCCAACCACACAUCACUGUAUGGCUUCUGUCCGCCCCACUUUCCCCUCCUUUCUAUUUGUGCAUGCAUAUAUUUGUCACAGUCUCACACUCUAUGCAUGUGGGCAUGGAUAUUUCUGAAAUCACCUGCCCUAUCCGGCCGUGUGUUUUGAACAGCCAUGAACUCUUUCUGGGUCUUGUAAUUUUCCAUUCUAACCAGCUGAUACCAGGAGAGGUCAUGUUCUGAAGCCAGCUUGGCUUGUGUUAAGCCAUUUUGGAUCCGUCACUUUCAUCUGAGCUGACAUUUAGUGUUCAGUGUGGAGGUGAUUCAGCUGAAUGCUUUUUUUCCCUGAAAUGCACACCAUGACCCUGGUGUUUACAUUAAAUGAAAGAGAAUUGAGGUGAUGCAACAAAGUUUUUUAUCUGGAUAAUUUCAUAAUAAGAAAGAGCACAGUAAGUAACACACAUCCAUUAUUUAUGCAUUCUAUAUGCAUUUAAACCUGCCAUUAUGUCAGUCUUGCUAAUGAAUUGCUAACACCUGGGUGUACUGAUGAAGCAUUUUGAAAGGUCAGUCACAGUUGGGCUUCUCCUCAGUGCUAAAUAUGCCAGUUGAAUGACUUUAACGUAAAAGAGCAUCAGUAGGAAAUUCAGUGUCUGCAUUAGCAUUUCUUCAUACAUCUGACGUAGUGAUGGGAGAAUGACAAGUUAGAGUAAAGAUAAUGCCUUAAUGUUGGAUUACGUAAUGCAUUGUCUCACUGCUGUGUUUUCACACUGAUAAGGAGUAGUGAUAUAACCUUCGACAACAUGACAACCAAAUAACAGCAAGUGCUUUUCCUCUUUGUUGUCCCUGAUAAAUUGUGAUAAAGUUUUUUCCUAGCAUAAUUUAAUUCUUUCCUUACAUAAUUUUGUGCACAAAGUAGUGUGUUUCCACACAUAUUUGCUCAGCAUAACUACAAUGACUUUGUGCAGACUCACACGUCAGGAUGAAGCUUCAACUGAUAAUCGGUUUAGUUCAUCAUAUUACUUCUUCUCGUUAUAACAAGACAGAAAAGCCUCCGCUGGACGGCAGCGAGGGCAGAACCUGGAUGGAAGAAGGCCGGUCCCAAACUCAGCUCACAGCUGUGGAUGGUCCCGAUGAAGCUGCGACAGACGACGGAGACCGUCCAGCAUGGGAUUCUAAGAUUCAGUAUGUGUUAGCCCAGGUGGGCUUCAGUGUGGGCUUAGGGAAUGUGUGGAGAUUUCCAUACCUCUGCCAUCAAAAUGGAGGCGGUGCCUUCAUGCUGCUGUAUGUUUUUCUUUUGGUGGUUGUGGGAGUUCCACUGUUUUUUAUGGAGCUGGCUGCUGGUCAAAGCAUUCGACAGGGCAGCAUCGGUGUAUGGAAGCACAUCUCUCCAAAGCUGGGAGGGAUCGGCUACUCCAGCUGCAUGGUCUGUUUUUAUGUGGCUUUGUACUAUAACGUUAUCAUUGCAUGGAGCCUGUUCUACAUGGGUAACUCCUUUCAGUAUCCUCUGCCAUGGGAGAAGUGUCCAACGAAUGUAACCUCCAAUGACACAGUGAAAGAAUGCGCAGGCAGCUCCCCAACGUCGUAUUUCUGGUUUCGGAAAGCUCUCAACAUCACAAAUUCCAUUGAAGAAUCUGGAGAGUUUAACCCCAUCAUGACAGGCUGUUUAUUGGCUGCUUGGGCAAUUGUUGCCUUGGCAAUGAUAAAGGGCAUCAAGUCUUCUGCAAAGGUGAUGUACUUUUCCUCCAUUUUUCCCUAUGUGGUGCUUUUUAUUUUCCUGAUCAGAGGAUUACUUUUGGACGGUGCCUUGGAAGGAAUCACCUACAUGUUUUAUCCUAAGCUGGAGAUCUGGGGUAACGUGCAGGUGUGGCGACAGGCUGCUACACAAGUGUUUUUCGCCCUGGGCCUGGGCUAUGGUUCUGUUAUCGCGUACUCCUCCUACAAUCCAGUCCACAACAACUGCCACAGGGAUGCUCUGAUGGUCUCCUGCAUCAACUUCAUGACAUCCGUGCUGGCCUCUCUAGUGGUUUUCAUCGUGCUCGGUUUCCGUGCCAAGAACAUUGCACUACGUUGUGUGGCUGAAAAUCUCAGUGUACUAAACUUAUUGGCGUCCAGUGGAUCUAACCAGCAUUGGUGGCCAUGGUUCAACAUGACAGAUGUAAGCACUGUGACUUUAGCUGAAUACAGAGAGUGGUACCAUCUCUACAGCUCCAUGGUGGGUCCUAAAAUCACUGACUGCAGUCUGGAGCAGGAGAUGAAUAAGGGUGUCGAAGGGACAGGCCUGGCAUUCAUAGCAUUCACUGAGGUGAUGGCCUUCUUCCCAGCUAGUCCCUUCUGGUCCGCCCUGUUUUUCCUCAUGCUGCUCAACCUGGGCCUCAGCACCAUGUUUGGAACAAUGCAGGGAAUCCUCACACCUCUCAUGGACAAUUUCAGCCUCUUGGGGCGUCACCGAACCCUACUCACGGUGUCCAGCUGUGCUUUGGGGUUCAUUAUUGGAUUACUGUUCACUCAGCGCUCUGGCAACUAUUUUGUGACCAUGUUUGAUGACUACUCUGCAACCCUGCCUUUGGUCAUUGUGGUCAUUUUUGAAACCAUUAGUGUGGCGUGGGUUUAUGGAACAGAUCGCUUUCUGGAUGAUAUUGAAAUAAUGCUCAAAUGGCGCCCUCCGGUGGUGUACAAGUACCUUUGGAAAUAUGUGUGUUUGCUGGCGAUGGUCAGUCUUCUGGCAGCCAGUUUGCUCCGCAUGGUCUUCAAAGGGCCCACGUACACCGCCUGGAAUCAAAGCACGGCUUCUGAGAUGACUCUCGAGUACCCUGGCUGGGCCCUGGCUAUGAUCAUCAUGCUUAUAGUGUUUGCCAGCUUGCCUGUACCUGUCAGCUACAUCUAUUCCUUAGUGAAGAACCGCUGGGUCCGUAGCACUCCCUCCCAGGUUGAAGUCGGCCAGGAAAUGCGUCGCGAAUUGUACACCAAGUGCAGCUCUACCGAGCAGCCAGAUUCCCAUUUCCAUCCUGUCCACUUCAGGGAAGACGAGGUUCAUCCCACGCCUGCCUUCCUGUCGGUGGGCAACGAACAUUACCGGCUCCUUUCCCAGGAGGAGGACGAGGAGGAGGAGGAGGAGGAACAAGACACGGGGGUGUGA